GCUUCCUGCUAGCUUAGCGCGCGAGAAAAUCGGUCUAGAAGCAGCGCGGAAACGUGGGCUUCGGCCGCUCGCAGUUUGUCCUUUUGAGAGUUUUCAUUCAUUGUCACAGGUAUUCCUUCGUAUCGUUCAGUGUGCACAGCCUGCGUUUUGAUACGGUACUACGGUGUGCUGUUUUGGAGGCAGCUAAAUACCAAGCCACGUCUUGCUACUGCAAGAGUGUGGUUCAUGAAAGGACAACGUGAACACUCAUGUCGGUGCGCACGGUGUAGCUGUCAUCUGAAAGGUGCUGUGCGGCCCAGAUAUGUCAAAGAGGCCACAGACGAGUGUUGAUGAAGACAGCGCGCCAUCCUCGAGCAAGAGGCCCAGAAGCAAGACACUGCAAUGCUCGCAACCCUUCUCGGAGAAUGAUUAUGCCCUUGGCAUAAUUGAAGCGGUCCACCUGAAGAACUUCAUGUGUCAUAGUAAACUUGAUUUCACAUUCUCGGAGAAGACAAACUUCAUCGUCGGCAGGAAUGGAAGUGGCAAGAGUGCCAUUCUCACAUCCCUAAUCGUCGGCUUUGGCGGCAAGGCAAGCGCAGCGUCGCGUGGGACCAGUGUCAAAAGCUUUGUGGAAACUGGAAAACGCUCGGCAGAGGUGUCUGUCAGGAUUCAAAACAAAGGCCAGGAUGCUUUCAAGCCUAAGGCGUAUGGAGACUCGAUUGUGAUAACCAGGAGGCUGACAGCUGACGGUGCAUCGCAGUACAAGCUCAAAGCUGCCAACGGUGCCCUUGUAUCAACUAAGAGGCAGGAGCUGACAAGGAUUCUGGACCAUUACAAUAUCCAGAUCGACAAUCCCGUGAUGAUUCUGAAUCAGGAGACUAGCAGGAAUUUUCUUCAGAGCAAGAGUCCCCGAGAUAAGUACAAUUUCUUCAUGAAGGCCACGCAGCUGGAACAGCUCAAGGCCACUUACAAGCAGAUCGUGGAGGACAGGGUGGCAAUGGACCGCGAAUUGACCAUGAAAGAAAAGCUGCUGCCAGAGAUGGCAAGGGAGGUUAAGCGGCAGGAGAAGCUGUGGCAGGCAUUUGAGAACCUGGAGGACCAACGGGCCAAGCUGGAACGGCUAAAGGCGGAGGUGCUUUGGGCCAAGGUCAUCGAGAAGGAAGACGUGCUGCAGCAGACUGAAGCCAUGUGCGAGAAGGAAGGCAGGGCGCUCUCAAGGCUGGAGGAUAAAAUCACGGAAAUAGAUGAAAAGGCACAAACACACGAAGAGGCGCGCAAGGGUCUUCAGGCCGAGCUGAACGAGGCACUCGAGCGCAUCCAAGAGGUGCAGCCGGCCAUACUGUCUGUCCGCAAGGAGUACACAAUCAAGAAAGAGCAGCUCCGUGAGAAGGAGCAGGCAAUGGCACGCGUUGAUCGUGAUCUGGUGGCGAAGCGCAAGGAAGCAGAGAUUGUGAAAGGCCGGAUUGACGAACUGCGCACGUUUGACCACGGCAAGCAGGCUGAGGAGAAGGCGCAGCGUGAGGCGCAGAUCAGGGACCUGGAGGCAAGAAAGAACGAGUUGCGGUCGCGCCUCCGCACGUCAGAGCACCACUGCGAGCAGGUCAAGGCGUCGGUGGACGAGUGCUCAGCGAGGCUGCAGGGCAUCAAGGGCGAACAGCGUGAGCUGAAGGACAACACGACUGCCCUGUCGACGUCCAUCCAGAACUUGCAGGCCAGUAAAAAGAACAGCCUGCAGCGAUUUGGCCGUCACGUGCCGCAGUUGCUACGCGAAAUAGACGCUGCCGUGUCCAAGGGAAGGUUCAAGAAACGCCCCAAGGGGCCCCUGGGAUCGCUGAUGAAGCUGAAGGAUCAGCGCUGGGACCUGGCCACCGAGUCCUGUCUCGGAAGCCUCCUGCUCGCAUUCUUGGUGGACAAUGACCAGGAUGCCAGGACCCUUCGGCAGAUCAUGUCGAAGGUCAUGGGUGCCGAGCGCAAGCCAUCCAUCAUCACUAGCUCCUUCAUGGGAACCGUGUACAACUACAAGUCCAAGGCGAUGCGGUCUCCAAGAUAUCCCAAUCUUCUAGAGAAUCUCGAAAUUGAAGAUGCCGAUGUGAUCAACUGCCUCAUUGAUCAGAGGUCACUGGAGAAGAUUGCCCUCAUCGACACCAAUAACGAGGCACGAAACGUGAUGAUGAAUGCUGCUGCCGUCCCGCCAAAUUGCACGGAGGCCUUCACGGCACAAGGCGAUCAGUUGUACCCAGCGCCCGACUUCCGCUACUACUCAGCGUACAAGCAGCGGGCCGAACUGCUCAAGGAGAACGUGGACGACCAGAUUCGGGAGAAGAAAACGGAGCUUGCAGAUGCGGAGAGAAGACUGAAAGAAUUGGACUCUAUAUAUGCUGACCGUCGAGCCGAGCUGGUGCAGAGCCAGAAGGAGUCACAUCGCCUGUCAGCCCAGCUGGAUUCGCUGAGGCGCGAAGAAGUCCAGGUGUCCUCCAAGAUCCGUGAGCUGGCGAGCAUUGAGGAGCCUGAGCCAACGAAUGUUUCUAUGCUGGAGGAACUGCUGGAAAAGUUGGCAGGUGAGAUCAGUGUCGUCACUGAGGAGCUGUCUGAGCUCAAGGAGCAGCAGAUGGAACUUCGUGCGAAGAUGAAGGCGAAGGCAGCGAAGAGCCGGGAAAUCGAGGAAGGACGCACCGAGCUGCUCAAAGUGAGCAAUGACAUCAAGACAAAGUUGCUCGAUGCAGACGCGCAGUUGCAGAAGGAUAGAAGCCAGAUGGAAAGCCUCAAGGAACAGAAGAAAGCCAUCGAGCAGAGGCAGUCUGCCUCGGAGCGGCAGCUCAAGACUGUCAGCCUGCAGAUUAAAGAACUGACAGAGAAGGCCGUCGAAGCUUCAUCCGAGCGGAUACUGUCUCGGAGGAAACCAGCUGCCAUUGCGGCUGAAAUUGAAGCUCUCGAAAGUCAGCUGCAGGUGGAAGAAAAAAGGAAGGGCAACAAGGAUGAGGUGGCUCAACAGUACAAGUCGCUCCUGGCAGAGUACACAAAGGUCAAGGAGAGGGCUCAGGAGCUGCGCGAGUUGGUAGCGGAACUCGAAAAAGCCAUGAUUCAACGAUUUGAAAAGUAUACCUGCUUAUGCAACCAGACGACGCUGCGGCUCCGCCUCAUCUUCCGAACGACACUGCUGCAGCAGAACUUCACUGGGGACCUGGAGAUCGACCAUGAAAAGCAGCAUCUUCACAUCAGGGUGGAGCCCAAGCAAGGGACCAGUGGCACAAAAGCGCGCCAGGACUUGAAGGCCCUUUCGGGCGGCGAGCGUUCCUUCUCCACCGUCUGCUUUGUGCUGGCCCUGUGGGACACCAUGGAGUGUCCGUUCCGAAUCAUGGACGAAUUCGACAUCUUCAUGGACAUGGGCAAGAGGCGAGUGAGCCUGGAAAUGAUUCUUGAAAUGACCAGGCGCAAAUCCCUGAACCAGUUCGUGUUCCUGACACCACUCGAGCUGCCAGCCAUUGCUGCACUCAAGCAUGUAAACAUCAUGAUAAUGCCAGAGCCGAGCCGCAAGCGUGCGGCUGCUGUUGCAGCCGGAAAUGAUGAUGAUGAUGAAAGGCAGCAGUAACUGUGAUAUCUUCAUCGAAUUGUCAAAAUUUAGCACUUCAAGCUGAUUUGUACCUUAAAGUUGAGGUACAGAAGUGCUUUUUAUUUUUAUUUAUUUGAAGUAACAUAGAUAUUGUUUCCUUAUUUUUUUUUUACUAGAAAGUGUUCUAGUCGUCAAUUUUUUUUUCCUGUUUUGCAUUUAAUGUGCAAGGCCCCAUGUAUUACUUGCUGUAUAACUUCCUUUCUAGUUUGCAUAUUCGUUUUUUAUCGAUGGACUUGCAGCUUAGAAUGCUGUAGUUAUGUACUACGGUGUGCAAGGAAGCCCCCUAUUUUUAUAAUUGCGUUCACUGAUUUCUGUAAGCGCACGUUAUAGAUUUUAAUAAUCCAGAUAUCUUAUUCACUUAGUUUUAAUGUUUUAAUGCAAAUUUGUGAAUAAAACUUGUACAUAUUCCAUUGUUUGUAAUUAAAUCCAUAGAUCCUGCUACGGGUUGAGUGUGUUUGCACUGGAGUUUCGCCCUUCCUGCAUGCAACACAUGUGCUUUGCACAUUGAAAGUGCCUGGCAGUGUGUGUUGCCUGUCUUCGUUUAAUUGCGAGCAUCACCGUGACGCGAGUUUGCAACUGCAGAACACGUUCACGUAAUAAAGGAACCUGCUGCAGUCU